AUGGUCACGGGAGUCACAGCAUUGCUGCUGCUGCUGGUCCUGCUGCUGGCCCUAGCCAGGCGGGGUUGGGGUGCCCAGGGCACUCAGACUCGGGGGACCCUACCCCCGGGGCCAACGCCACUCCCACUGCUGGGGAACCUGCUGCAGCUGGAGUCUGGACGCCUGGACGGAGCGCUCAUGGAGCUCUCUGGACACUGGGGCCCAGUGUUCACAGUGCGGCUGGGCCGGCGUCCUGCAGUGGUGCUGUGCGGCUACUCAGCGCUGCGGGACGCCUUAGUGCUGCAGGCGGAUGCCUUCUCCGGCCGCAGGGCCAUGGCUGUCUUCCAGCGCUUCACUAGCGGAAACGGCAUCGUGUUUUCCAACGGGCCGCGCUGGUGGACGCUGCGCAAUUUUGCGCUGGGAGCACUGAAGGAGUUCGGGCUGGGAACGCGGACCAUAGAGGAGCGCAUCCUGGAGGAGGCAGCUUGUCUGCUUGGCAAAUUUCAAGCCACCAUUGGAGCGCCGUUCGACCCCCGACGGCUACUGGAUAAUGCUGUAUCUAAUUUGUAUAUUAUUUGUUCGGUGGUCUUCGGGAACCGCUAUGGCUAUGAGGACCCAGAGUUCCUGAGGCUCCUGGACCUCUUCCAUGAUAACUUCCGCAUCAUGAGUUCCAGAUGGGGUGAGAUGUACAACAUUUUCCCCUCCCUCCUUGACUGGCUCCCAGGCCCGCACCACCGAAUCUUUCGAAACUUCACGGAGCUUAGGGUCUUCAUCUCUGAGCAAAUCAAGCGGCACCAGCAGACGCGGCAGCCUGGGGAGCCCCGCAAUUUCAUCGAUUGCUUCCUGGAUCAGAUGAGUAAGGAACAGGAAGACCCAGAGAGCCAUUUCCAGGAGGAGACGUUGGUGAUGACAACGCACAACCUCUUCUUCAGGGGCACUGAGACCACAAGCACCACUCUGCGCUAUGGGCUCCUCAUUCUGCUUAAGUACCCAGAGGUGGCAGCCAAAGUGCAGGCCGAGCUGGAUGCAGUGGUAGGGCGGACACGCACCCCAAGGCUGGAGGACCAUGAGCGCCUGCCCUACACCAACGCCGUGCUGCACGAGAUCCAGCACUUCAUCAGCGUGCUGCCGCUAGGGCUGCCCCGUGCCCUCACCCAGGACACCCACCUGCACGGCUACUUUUUGCCCAAGGGUACCUUUGUGAUUCCUCUGCUCAUAUCUUCACACCGGGACCCCACCCAGUUCAAAGACCCAGAAUGCUUCAACCCCACCAACUUCCUGGACAACAAGGGCAAGUUCCAGAGCAACGAUGCCUUCAUGCCCUUUGCCCCAGGGAAGCGGAUGUGUCUGGGUGCAGGCCUGGCACGAUCAGAGAUCUUCCUCUUCUUCACCGCCAUCCUCCAGCGGUUCUGCCUGCUCCCUGUGGGCAGCCGCGCCGACAUCAACCUCACCCCACAGUGCACAGGCCUGGGCAACAUCCCCCCAGCCUUCCAGCUCCGGCUGGUGGGCCGCUGAGCCCGACGGCUCACUGGCUCCCAGACCUCCCUACCCGCUUUGGUCAAUAAAGGCCCCGAACCGCAGACAGGUCUCCUUACCAGUAAGAGGGAGCGGGAGAA